AUCCGAGGAUGGGUUUGCCUCUAUGUACCAGCUCAUAUUUCGCCUCCAUUUUCUUUCCGCUUCUGCAAAUACCUCUGAAUAAUAUCGUGAUUUUAUGUUAGAUUCAAUUUUUCAAUCUUUGUGUGAUUUAGGCCGUUAUGAAUGUCUCUUUCGAUACCUUUUCCUCUCAAUAUUUUUUGCUAUUACUCUCACUGAAAGGGGAUUUUGGCAGUCUUUUUGUGAAUUGGUCUUCUCUCAAACAGAGUUUGAAACUGGAUCCUGUGAAGCAAAACCUCAGAAUUCUGGCCUUUGAUUGAAUUAUAACGUUGUAGUUCCGCGUGAUGAGAUUAAGCAUCUUUGGCCUGCUGAAGAAUCAUGACCAUGAAGGAAAAUUGUAAAGAAACCACCUUUGACUCGAGAUGUUUAGGGCAGAAAACUGAUACAGUAGCAUUUGGAAGUAAAGAAAAGUAUGCGGUAAAUAUUUCUAGGAUGGAUGCCAGUCUAGCAGAAUUAGAGGCAAAAGAUAGAGAUGACUGUUCGAACUUUAAAGUUUCCGAUGACUCUUCUAUUGAUAAUGAAAAUCGAAUGGCAGCUUCUCUUUGGAAGGAUGGUCAAAAUGGACUCUCACAUCAUCUAAUAAUAGAUAAUGAAACAAUAGAUUUUUGUGUAAAAGAAAGUAAAGAUAGACAAUCACACCAUGUAAACAGUUGGGAUAAGGAUGCAGAUUCAUUAUCUUCGGACUCGUUUGAUAUGGAGAAAGAGCAGGGAAGUCCAGUGUGUAAAAGUUUUGACACAAUUGAAGAGUUAGCAGAUUGUAAUGUAAGUGAUUACAGAGAUUCCAGUUCUCCAUUGUUCACCGAUAACAAUGUAUUGGAAUGUUGUCUUCCAGAGUUGGAGGUUUGCUAUAGAGAUAUUGAUUGUGAAACGUCAAGGGAUAUAUGUGUCGAUGAAGGGAGGCCUGAGAAAGAUUCAAAUGCAAUAGAAAGUUCUAUGUUUCCUCUGUCUUCUAAUGACAAUGACGAUCUUGAAGCCAGCGAAGAUCUAUCGUUGGAUGCCGAUAGCUUUACUGCUGACCAAUGUAGGAGCAAAGAUGAUAAUUUUGGCAAAAUGUUCAUCUCUCGGGAAAAGCUAGAUUCUUGCCUAGAGAAUGCAGUGGAGACGAAUGAAGCAUGCUUUGGUGGAACUGGCAAGGCUGAGAGCGAUUCUUUGUAUGAUUUCCUUGGAGAUAGGAAACUUCCAAUUGAAACAUAUUCUAGUCUGCCUAACCAGGUUCUUGAUCAAGAAGCACUAGCUGGAUGUGCUGCUUCAUCAUCAGACGAGGCAGGAGGCAUGGGGAAUGAUGUUCGAGGUAGCUGCCUAGCAUACAAUAGCAGGAUUGAAAAUGAAACCAUUAUUUUCAAUUUCAGCUCCCCUGAUGGGUUGAUAGUUGGAAACAGCAUGGCUGAAGAUGUUGAGGAACGGUCUACUAAGUUGGGGGAUGUAAAUGCUGAAAAUCUUCCUGCUGUAAUGGAAACUAGUAUUCAGUGCACAAGCGACUUGCCGCAACAAUCCCUACUAAGCAAUGAAUGGAAUUCUGAUAGUGGGUCCACUACAAAUGAAGGAUCCCCGAACAAUAUACAAGCGAAUUCAGAUGAUGGCCUAGGUCAGUCUCCUAGCAACAAAAGCCCAGCUGCCACAAAUGAAGCACAUGCUUCUGAGGCAAACAACGAUAAAAGGGAAUCCGGAGACAUCCCAGUUGCUAACCAGUUACAACAAGAUAUGGGGGAAACAAGCUUCUCUGCAGCUAGCAUGAUCACUUACUCUGGGCCAAUAGCUUAUUCCGGGAGUGUCUCUCAUCGAUCUGAUGGAAGCACAACGAGCGGAAAAUCUUUUGCUUUCCCAGUAUUACAGUCCGAGUGGAAUAGCAGCCCAGUUCGAAUGGCGAAAGCAGAUGUGAGAGGUUUUAGGAAACACAAGGGUUGGAGAUCAGGUCUCCUCUGCUGUAGAUUCUAAGUGAUAGCUUUAUUAGUAAAGAAAUAUACGUGUGAAAAUUUUAGAAAUGGAGAAUUGUAAGUAUGUGUUUUGAUUGUCAGAGCUGCUGCCAUGUGAUAUUUAUUUAGUGUAUACAUGAGCAAGGAUUAAGCUAUGUCCAACGUUUUCUUUCAUUCUUUCCUCUCUUGUUAAUUUAUGUGUUAA